GUCACGUGAUAUUGCCGGAUGUUAAUUCAUCGUCGGACCGUUACGUUUCCGACCGAUGAAUCGUAGUCAAGCUCCCUUUGGUUUAAUAACAGCAAUUUUUGCUUUUAAUAAUGCGGUUGUACAAUGAGUUAAAUCAUAGAAAAUUUUAGUAUAGAAUGUAAUUGCUAAGGAAAACGCAUGCUUAUCUGUGAAACGUACCGUAGCUGAGAAACACUGUUAGGCUAAUCUUCACCCGCCUGCCCUCUCUGUUGCCGCUAUGCGCCGUUUUCGCUUCUCGAUUUGCGUCCCUUUGCUGUUAGCUUGGUCCAUUGUUGGAGAACCAGAGACCCCCACUAACGUUGAUGGAGCUCCACCUUCUAAAAUCGCUGUGGUUGGAGCAGGGAUUGGAGGCAGCGCCACCGCCCAUUUCCUUCGCCAACACUUUGGCCCUGAUGUGCAGGUGGACGUGUACGAGAAGGGCGAGGUCGGAGGCCGGCUCGCAACUGUAACAGUCAACCACAAUGACUACGAGUCUGGGGGCUCCAUCAUCCACUCCCUCAACCUCCACAUGCAAGAGUUCGUCAAACAGCUCGGUUUGAAGUAUCGUCGAAAUGUGGCGGGGAAGACGGCGGUUUUUAACGGAGAGGAGAUGAUUCUGGAGGAGACAGACUGGUACUUGCUGGACUUGUUCCGCCUGUGGUGGCGCUAUGGAAUCAGCUUCAUCCGGUUGCAGAUGUGGGUGGAGGAAAUCAUGGAGAAAUUUAUGAGGAUCUAUAAGUACCAGGCCCACGGCUACGCCUUCAGCUCUGUGGAAGAACUCUUGGACUCUCUUGGUGGCACUGGCUUCAUCAACAUGACCAGACGGCCGCUCUCCGAUUCGCUGCUGGAGCUGGGAGUGUCUCAGCGCUUCAUUGAUGAAGUCAUUGCGCCCGUCAUGAGGGUCAACUACGGACAGAACGUCAGCAUCCCUGCUUUUGUAGGCGCCGUUUCUUUAGCCGGCGCCCAGAACAACCUGUGGGCGGUGGAGGGAGGCAACAAAAUGGUGUGUUCAGGUCUGCUAAAGAUGGCCAACGCUAACCUGCUGCAAGCGCAAGUCAACUCUAUCUCCCCUGUCCCUUCAGGGGAUGCACUGGAGUACCAGCUGAACUUCACCACAGCAACAGGGACAACAGGAUCUGAACUGUAUAACAUUGUGGUAUUGGCGACUCCGCUCCAGGCCAGCAUUGGGUCUGAGCUCCAGUUCCAAGGCUUCACCACGCCAUUUGACCAACUUCCUGGCAGCUAUCACAGCACCGUAGCAACCAUUGUUCACGGAUACCUAAACACCUCCUUCUUCGGUUUCCCGGACCCUCGGCUCUUCCCAUUCGCCAGCGUUCUGACUACCGAUACGCCCAGUCUGUUCUUCAACAGCGUGGCCAGUGUUUGUCCCGUUAACAUCUCAGCGGGUUUUCGCCGCAAACAGCCACAAGAGGCUGGAGUCUACAAGGUGUUCUCGCCACAAACGCUGGACAAACCAGAGCUAAAAAUGCUCUUCAGGUCUUACUACUCAGUGCAGGUGACGGAGUGGCAAGCGUACCCUCACUAUGGCAGCAACCAGAGACUUCCUCCAGUGGAGCUCCAUCCCAAUCUCUAUUACCUCAAUGGUAUUGAGUGGGCCGGCAGUGCCAUGGAGAUGAGCUCUGUGGCUGCCAAGAACAUUGCUUUGUUGGCUUACCACCGCUGGAACAGACAGACCGAAAUGGUAGAUCAGAAAGAUCUGAUGCACAGGAUCAAGACAGAACUUUGAUGUGGUUAGACAAAGGCUCCUGGAUUAAGUAAAAACUGCAGGAGGAUGUUGCAGCUAAACUUGAAGCUAUGAUAUUUUUUUGCCUUUCAUUUUAGUUUACAAAAUGUGGCCGAGGCUUUUUAAAAUUUUCACUGAACACUGAGGGCAACGGGAAGCUCCAUGCAUUUUCUGAGGAGCUUUUUAAAUCUAAGACCAUUCUACCUCCUAGGCAUCGGUUCUCAGUAGUUAUGCCAAGGUAGAUGAGCGGCACACAUGUAUGGUGCUUCAGGACAAUGCAGAAUAACUCAAUUUUACAGUUAUGUCAACAAACAUGCUUUCAUUUUGACAGAUAUUAGAACUUCAGCUUGUUUGGAUGAGAACGUUUGAGGCGACCCCUUUAGAAAUGUUUCACUCUUUCUCUCUUUGGGCCAGUGAUGUGAUCAAACAUCCAAUGGUUUUGCUUUAGAAAACUCUGCUGCCACAUACUGUAUCUUAGCAAAGAGUCUGUAAAUUAUUAUAAAAUUGCUUCUUUUAGUUGCUACUGUUGUGAAUUAAUGAAAAUGUGAAUAAAUGAAAGAGUCUCUGCGUUGUUUUCUACACUAGAUUCUGUAAGAUGCUUUGACUGUCAUCCCCAUCCCACUGCAUUAGUCUCACUGCUGGGACUGAUAAUGCAGCAGCUAAAAGUCAAGUCUUAUCAAAGUAAAAGAUUUUCAACAAUGAACAAAAUAAUUAGGCGGUGACUCAUAGCGGUGACCACUGGUGCUCUCUUGCGCCUUUCAUCAGACUCUUUCAUUAUCUCCCCUUCCUGCUGCUAUUGUUGCGUAAUCCAGCGGAAAGAAUUUUCUAUUUGGGGAAUAGAGCCAACCAGCUUUCACACUGAGCUGGGAAAAAAAACAAAAACAGAGGACAGAUCAGGGACUGUUGCUGGUUAGCGUGACCCCUUUUUCCUCUUAAGCAUGAAAGGCAGAUUGAGUUAUGCUUCUUAUUGAGGGUGUGAUUUUGUGAAAAUGCAUGUUAAAGCUGACUUGUACAAAUGCCAAAAUGAAAAACAAAAAAAAAAAAAUCAAAAUGGCCCAAUUUGUUGACUGGGCGUGUCGUGGAUUUCAUUCAUCCACUAACAACGUUAAGACUUCAAAGACUGUUAGUUGUUAGUUGUGUCUUGUGAGGAUCUAAGGAAACAGUUCCAAACUGGUGGACAAGCUGGAAAUAAAGUUGUCUGAAA